AUGGAUUUUUCCUUCUUACUCUUAAUAAGUGUGGUUGUUUUCAUAUUGGAACAACAAGUCCCAGGGUCCCAUGCAAACAGAAGUCCAUCUGUAAAUGCUACUCCACAAACUCACCGUCGUGAAAGACGCUGCUCCUGUGAAAACCUGAAGGACAAAGAAUGUGUGUACUUUUGCCACAUAGGAAUCGUAUGGGUCGAUACGCCCAGUCAGGUCAUUCCCUACGGUGUGGGUUCACUCCAGAUGCGUCUAAGACGAGAUGUGGAACGAUGCCAGUGCACAGACAAGAGAGAUAAAAAGUGUGUGCGGUUUUGCUCUUACUUGGAUCUCCAGCAAGAAGAUGAAAAUGCCUCAGUCAGAAGGUACCAUCCUAGAAACUACAAAGAACGAUACAAGUCUAGAUUCCCCCGGAGACUGAGGAAUCACAAACCAACACAAACAACCUGAGAGAAAUGAAAAAAGCUAUGUAGUAACAUGCUGUAUAUUAUUACUAUUUGGGCAGCAAGCCUGGCCAUACGUCUGAACAUGUGUGCUGUGAAUGGUUUACGAAGUACAGUAUUAGACAUCAUUUCUAUUACUUUGGCUUGUCAUGAAAUGCUAGCAUCUCAAUAGUGACAGUACAGGAGUGAUACUGUAUAUUAUCUGUCAGUAUUUUGUAGAAUACUGUAAAACCGUAUUGUUUCUUAUUGACGUGUAAUAUAUAUUGUUUGAUGUUUCCAAUUUUGUUUCCUUAUAGUGAGUACAUUUGGAUAUUUAUUGAGAGCAAUAGCGGCUUAUGGGCACUUUAUGUUUGACAUUAAACAUAUAAGUUGGCCUUGGGAAAAGAUUUUUGUUUAGAAAGAGGACAUUGUCAAAAGAAAGAUUGAAGAUUUGAG